GCCACAUUCUUCUGAUCUUAAAAUUAUGAUAACUCGAAUGCAAAACCUGCAACGGGGACUAAGUUAGUAACCCACGACGCGUAAACGCUGAACAAGUUUUGAUCGGGUCGGAUACGACGAGGGCAGACUCGGAGAUCAAGAGAGGGCGUACAAUGUCGUGGCGCAGAUCUUUAGACUGCUGUGUCGGUUUGAGAUGUCAGGCAACGUGGCGACGGUUGAGUAUAUAAGGCGACGCGAGACAAGGCCCGGUUGUUGGCACCAACUCGACCGUACCAACUGACACAUCGACUGUACGUUCUCACCCCAACCUAUGGAUUCAUCGGCACCGCUGCGACGCACUGCAAUCGUUACUGGGGCCGCGGAGGGUAUAGGCCGGAGCAUCGCGCUGCGUCUGGCGGAGGAUGGCCUGAACGUAGCUGUAAAUGACCUGCCCGUCAAACGCGAGAAGCUGGAGGCCAUCGUUGCAGAAAUCAAGGCCCUUCCUGAUGGGCAGGCCAUCGCCGUUCCAGGAGACGUAUCCUGCCCGGAGGAUGUGGAAAGGUUGGUUAAAUCCGCGGUGGAGGCGUUCGGAGGCCUCGACGUGAUGGUCGCGAAUGCGGGGACGAUAACCUCUGGUCCUUUCGUUGAUUUCGCCCUAGAGGAAUGGGACCGUGUUAUAGCAGUCAACCUCCGCGGGGAAAUGCUCUGCUACAAGUAUGCUGCAAAGCAAAUGAUCAAACAAGGGCGAGGAGGACGAAUCAUCGGCGCCUCGUCGCAGACCGGGAAACAAGGUAUGCCAAACUUAGCAGCGUACUCCGCGUCGAAGUUUGCGAUCCGGGGCUUGACGCAAUGUACUGCUUUGGAGCUCGCGAAACACGACAUCACCGUCAAUGCCUAUGCCCCUGGGUUGAUCCACACAAAUAUGAUUGGUCAUGACGAAGAAAUCCGACUCGGGUUGAAACCUGGCACCCUCAUGAGACAGAUGCUCGGAUUGCCGAACGACACUGCUCUGCCUAUGGCCGAACCAGAAGUUAUCGCCAGUUUCGUAUCAUACCUAGCCAAACCCGAGUCGCGCUUCAUUACAGGUCAAACAAUAAACGUCAACGGUGGUGGUCACUGCGAUUGAGUCUUUGACUGUCGUAAUGAAAAUACGUACCUCGGAAUGUAUAGUUCGUAUGGAUGUCGACGUCCAUAGUCCACAUGCAUUUCUCCCGAAGUAUGCUGUUGCACUCGGGGAUAUCGUGGCUUGCGUGACAGCGCGCAAAUACGUACUUGUCAUGCCCAGCGGUUGGUAUGUGUCCCAGUGAAGUUCAUGGUUGUUGCAUAUGGACGAAGUACCACGUACCACUACAUGUAGGUAGUAGCUCGGGAGGCACUGGCAUGC